AUGCCAGCCGACGCAGCAACACUGUCCGCCAAGGCCGCAGCUGCUCUCGACAAGGAGCUUAUGAGCUCCGGUGCCUUUUCUAUAGACCAGCUCAUGGAAUUGGCUGGCUUGUCAGUCUCUCAGGCCGUCUACCGUGUACACCCCCCGAGCAAGGGCUCUCGGGUUCUUGUCGCUUGUGGUCCCGGAAAUAACGGUGGCGAUGGUCUUGUCGCUGCACGUCACCUCUGGCAAUACGGUUAUAAACCCACCAUCUAUUACCCAAAGCGCAGCAAGAACGAUCUGUACCAGCGACUUGCCAAACAGCUCGAGGAUCUCGACGUUCCUUUCGUCGAGGAUUUUUCCUCGGCAGUUCAGUCCACAGACCAUAUUGUUGAUGCCAUUUUCGGCUUCAGUUUCUCUGGCGAGGUUCGAGAGCCUUUCCCUGCAGUAAUCAAGGCCUUGGAAAAGACUGAGCUGCCCGUGACUUCUGUUGAUGCGCCAUCAUCCUGGAGUAUCGAGGAUGGCCCACCUAAAGCCGGCGUGGGUAGCGCUUUCAUGCCUGAAUAUUUGAUCAGUCUCACGGCCCCCAAACCCUUGGUCAAACAUUUCAAAGGUCGACAUUUCGUGGGCGGUCGCUUCGUGGCACCCUCCAUUGCCAAGAAGUACGAUUUUGAAAUCCCUGAGUACCAGGGCCUCGACCAGAUCGUCGAGGUGAGCGUCGCCGGAGAAAAGCUUUGA